UCACAAGAGAGAUUACACAUACAAUUGGUUCGCUUGUGAAUAGAAACAACGCAUUUUAUUUGUUUAAACAAGUAUUUUGUGCGAAUCGUCAUUUUGUCGUGUCAAUUCACCGAAAAUUAAUUAAAUUACCAUUAAUUUUGUGGAAAAGUGAAAAUAAUUUUUUUUUGCAAAUAAAUUUUUUAUAUUUAAAAAAAAUUGUGUGACAAUGGCACCACGUCGUGUAAAGAAAGCAGCGGCUAGUGCGAUUGAUGAAGCGGUUGUUGUUGCACCGAAUGAAACUGAUGCCGAACAAGUAGUAAAUAGCAAGCCGACAAAAGGUGGAGCAAAGAAAAAAAAGACCGAAAAUUUGUUGAAAAAUGAUGCACAAAACGAGGCAAAUGACAAAAGUUCACCGAUUAAGGUUGAUGCUAAAGCAAAAAAGACAACAGUGACCAAAAAAAAUGCAAAGCAAACGGAACAAAUUGAAAGUGCUACAAAUGAUGAAAAUAUUGCACCGGUGAAGGUUGAAGCAAAGUCAAAGAAAGCACCAGCCAAGAAAAAUCCAAAGCCAACUGAGCAGAAUAAUGUGACAGAGGAAAAAGAAAUCGUUGAGCCAGUUAACGGUGCCAGUGAAGGUGAGAAAAAGACGAGCGCACGAGGAAGAAAGAAAAAGGAAGAAGAAUCACCGAAAGUCACUGCAAAAGCCGCACCAAAAGUAGUCGUCAAAUCCACACCAAAAGUCGCCACCAAAGCCACUCCAAAGGCUAAAGCCAAGAAGGCCGAACCAAAACCAGAAACAAGCGAUGAAGCGGGCCCAAGCAAAGCAGUUAAGAAGAGUACAAGAGUCAAGACCGUUAAACAAGCGACAACAAACGAUGACGUGAUCAAUGAAGUGAUUGAACCAGUUCCAGAGACGAAAAGCAGUAAACGUGGUGCAAAGAAAGCAUCACCAAAAAAACCGGUUAAAAGUGACCAACCAGCAAAGGGCAAAGGGAAAAAAGUAGCUGACACUGUGAAACAAACAAAGAAAUCAGCCAAACACGAUGAACAGUUAGAUGUUGUUGAGAAUGUUGUAGCGAACAAUGAUGUUGAUUCACCAAAAAGUUUCAAACGUAAAGCAGUUGCUGAUAAAUCAACAGCGAAGAAAGCAAAAGUUACCGUCGAUUCGGCUACAGUCGAUACUGUCGAUGGUUCCAGUGAAUCGAAAACAGCGACAAAACGCAAAGCUGUCACAAAUGAUGAGGCUCAAACAAACAAACAAAACGAUGAAUUGGUGACAAAGCGUAAAAAAUCAACCAAAUCGGAUGCCAAAGCCGACUCAGCAAAAACAAAAAGGAAUCCAACGGCAACGGACCUCUCACAAAUCGAAUUUGAAGGCGAGAAAGAGUUUUCACUGAAAAUUGUUUCAUGGAAUGUGGCUGGUCUACGGGCAUUGAUUGGAAAAAAUGCUUUUGAUUAUUUUGAACACGAAAAACCGGACAUCAUUUGCUUGCAGGAAAUCAAGUGUUUGGAAGAAGAAGUACCCGCUGAGGCAAAAUUGAAAGGCUAUCAUCCGUAUUGGUGUUCAACACCAGGUGGUCGCGGUGGUGUAGCCAUUUUGUCUAAAAUGAUGCCGUAUCAUGUUGAUAAUAAUAUUGGCGACGAAGAAAUGGAUGAAGAAGGACGUAUUAUUACAGCUGAAUAUUCCAAAUUCAUUUUGGUUUGCGUGUAUGUACCGAACGCCGGUCGAAAAUUGGUCAAUUUGGAACGACGCAUGCGAUGGAACACUCUUUUUGAAAACCAUGUGAAUAAAUUGAAGGCAAAAAAGCCGGUCAUCAUCUGUGGUGACAUGAAUGUUGCUCAUGAAGAAAUCGAUUUGGCCAAUCCGAAAACAAAUCGGAAGAAUGCUGGUUUCACAGAUCAAGAGCGUAAUGGCAUGACAAACUUGCUUGGACACGGUUUUGUCGAUACGUUCCGUGAAAUCUACCCGACGCAAGACAAGGCAUACACAUUCUGGUCUUACAUGGGAAAUGCUCGUCAAAAGAAUGUCGGAUGGCGUCUGGAUUAUUCAAUCGUUUCAGAGAAUUUGAAGUCAAAAGUUGUUGACAGUUUCAUACGGCCACAGAUCCUUGGUAGUGACCAUUGUCCAAUUGUAUUGACAUUAAACAUAUAAUUUGUCAAGCUCAUCAUUAUUCCACUUUGAUUGCAACAUUUCACAAAGAACAAGUGAUAGAUUUAACAUAUAACUGGAUCAGUUUCUUACUAUCAAGAUUUAUUUAGUUUAAAAACAGAAAAAAAAGAAACAACAAAAUACCAAACCGAAUUUCCUGUUUAUCGAACAUCAGUUGCACACUGUUGUUCCAAAAAAUUUGUUUCAAUAAAGUACCAUUUCCAAUAUAGAAGA